CUCCUGUCUAUCACCAGGGCCCGGUUUCCAUCUACAUGUCCAAGGCUCCCGGCAAGGCCUCAGACUACGACGGCAGCGGCAGCUGGUUCAAGAUCAAGGACUGGGGCCCAGACUUCAGCUCAGGCCAGGCCACCUGGACACUCUCCGGCUCCUACACCGCCCAAAUCCCGACAUGCAUUCCCUCGGGUGACUACCUGAUCCGCAUCCAGUCUUUGGGCAUCCACAACCCCUGGCCCGCGGGCAUCCCCCAAUUCUACAUCUCCUGCGCCCAGGUGACCGUCACGAACGGCGGCAGCGGCAACCCGGGCCCGACCGUCUCCAUUCCGGGUGCGUUCAAGGAGAGCGAUCCGGGCUACACCGCCAACAUCUACUCCAACUUCCGCAACUACACCGUCCCCGGCCCGGCCGUCUUCUCCUGCAACGGCGGCGGCCCAAACCCCGCUACCACCACCACGCCCCCCGCCACGACGCUGGUCACGUCCACCCGGACGUCGGACGCACCGGCCACGACGUCGUCUGCGCCGUCGUGCACCGUUGCCAAGUAUGGCCAGUGCGGUGGGUUCAACUGGAAGGGGUGCACGACAUGCGCCGCCGGCUCGACCUGCGUCGUCGCGAACCAAUACUUCUCGCAGUGCAUCUGAAGAAGCAUCAAGCGAAAAAAGAAGAAUCAAGCGGGCAGGGGCUGGUUGGGAACCUGGAAGUUAGGAGGAGACGGCGAGGGCAGUUGGAAGGACUGACUGA